AUGCCUAAAGACAAAAGGUUGAACUCCUUGUCUCUCGACCGGGCCAUGGCCUCUCCCUACUCACGCGGUUCCAACUCUGCAGACCCCAAAAUCGACAUCUUGGACGAGGAGAAACAGUGGGAUGACACUCUUUGCCCCAUCUGCAUGGAUCACCCCCACAAUGCCGUGCUCCUCCUCUGCUCCUCCCGCCAAACCGGCUGCCGUGCCUUCGUCUGCGACACAAGCUACCGCCACUCCAACUGCCUCGACCAGCUCCUCCGCUCCAAUGGAACCCGCCCCCUCGCCUGCCCCCUCUGCCGGGGAUCCGUUUCCGGGUGGGAAGUCGUUGGCCCCGCCCGCGACCUCAUGAACUCGAAGACAAGAAGCUGCUCCCUGGAGACGUGCGAGUUCAGCGGGACCUACGCCGACCUGAGGAAGCACGCGCGGGCCGACCACCCAUCGGGCCGCCCUUUCGAGGCAAGCCCGUCCCGGCAGGCAGGCUGGACCGAGCUGGAACGGAGGCUGGACAUGGAGGAUGCUCUCGCGUACCAAUCGCAUAUGGACUUUGAGGAGCCUGAGCUCUGGGAUGAGUGGGGCACGGACGGGCUGUUUGACCUCCCAGGGGGAAUAUCAGACAUCGAGGAUGGGCUGUUGGAGGAGAUUUUUGGGGGAGGGCUCUCCUUCUCGUACACGAGCUCCUCGUACACGAGCUUCUCGUACACGGAUGAGGAGGAUGUGGAUUCUGAUAGCUCGGUCUCAAGGCUGGACAGUGAGGAAAAUGGUAUGUCGAGGUCAAGGUCCCACAGGGAAGCCGAUGUGCGCUCAAGAUCGGGUUAUCAUAGGGGUAGUAGUUCGAGCGCGAGAAGGGAAAGCUACAGUAGGCAAAAUGAAACUUGA